GAUGUGUUUGUCUAUUUCAGAAAGAGAACAGCAGUUGCCAAAACAGUAAAAACAAAGUGCCAGGAUACCUGGCAAGGAAGAGUGACAAAGAAAACUCCACCUUCCUUGCACAGAUUCGCAGUCUACAGCAAAAGAUCUCUGAACAGUACAAAACCAUCAAUGCUCUCAGACAAGCAUGUUCCGAAAAAGAUAGAAGAAUUGAAUUAAUCCAACACAGAAAAAUGAAGAAGCGAUUACGAAGAUCUUUGGAAAAGUGUGCCAACACCAAUGGAGAUGAUGAUGCUUGUUCUGUUGACUCUGAAGUAUCAGUCUCCUCUCUACCCAUGGACAAUGGUACAGAAGAAAACCAGCUGGAUAUUUGGGAUGAGUAUGCUCGAGAGGAAAUAGAACGUAGCUACCGUCAAUUGAUGCGUGAACACUUAGAACUGAAGAAGUCUUACACGCUCCUUCAGACACAAACUUCCAGUGCAUUGGACCCAGAACGAGAGUUGAAGUUAUGUCGUACUCUGGAAUCGGAUCUCUUCGAAGCUCAGUGUAAAAUUGAAGAACUGAAAGCUUUACUACAAACAGAUGGUUUGGAACCACGGUUACUUGAAGAAAAAGAGACUCUACAAUCAGCUAACAUUGAAAUGCAGAAAAAGUUGAAAAAGAUGGAAGAUAAUGAGGGCAAGCUACAGGAAGAUCUCUCAGAAGCCAGGGAACAAAUUGAAGAUUUAGAAUUUCGGAUUCUAGAAUUAGAGGAAAGUCAGAACACGAGUGCAGAAGAUGGUAAUGAUGCUCUUGAAGACUUCCUCAAAUUUGACAUCACUCAUCAACUGAAUUGUGAUGAAGAAAGUGGUAAAAAGUCUGCUGGAGUGAAGAGGUCAUUAUUUAGGGAGGAGCGAAGAGGAGGAGAUGGUGAGCCAGCCAGCAUUGUUUCCAGUGAGAGUGGGGAAGAGGAGCAGUUGUUAAGGGAGGAAGUGAACAGCUUGAGGAAGCAGAUCAUUGAACUCACUGAACGACCGGUCAUGGAUUUCCCUCCAAAACCCACAGAGAUUAAGACAGGGGCAGGACAUCCAACAGAAACUAAGGAUGGUAAAAAGCUUCAAGAAUCCAAACAGCGGAUUGAAGAAUUGGAGAAAAUUGCUAUUGAACUCCAAGGUAAAAUAAUCGGUUUGCAGCAGGACAAAGUUCAAUUAGAAGAACAACUUUCACAAAAGUCUUAUUCCAACUUAAAACUGGACAAGGAACCUAAAGAUGGAGAGGAAGUAAACAUCGAAGAUCAAGUGAGUGAAAGUGUUUUCAGCUCUCAGGACAUGGGGCCUAAUGAUAUUGCUGAAAGCAGUGAGACAUUAGGCACAAAACAUCUUUCAGUUGGUGAUACUGAAGUGGAUGAUGACAAAGUAACAUCGAGUUUGUCACAGGUUAAAUAUAAUAAGGAUGAUGAUGGUGAUGUAAAAGGUUCCAGUGAAGUUGACUUUGUACAAGAUUCCUGCUCCAAGUUGGAAGCUCCCUCUGAAACAGCAGUGGCAGAAGAUGAAGCUGCUGGUGCUGACGAAGAAAAGAAACAGAACCUGGUGGAAGAUAGCUGGAAAGAGAUUGAGUCAGCCAUUAUUGAUGAGACGAUCGCAGAACUUGCUGCUGGAAACAACAACAACAACAACAGCAACAGCAAUGAUGGCAGAGGUGGUGGUGAUGGGGAUGAUCUGACCUCUUCUUUAGAUAUUGACAACUCAUUGCUUGAUAAUGAUAACGAUGAUGAUGCAGAAGAGGAAGAUGAGAACCUGCAGUUACUGGAACAACAGAGCGAGUGUCUGGAGAGUAUAAAACAGAUCCUCAGCGAGCAGGGAAUUCUGAGUCAUGUCGAGAUGAUGCUGCAGGAGAUGGAAGAGAUCAAAGAAGAGAAUGCUGCCCUCAAAGAAAGGCUGACUUCAGGGGAUGUUACGCUAGCCAGUGGCGAAGUGGUCAAUGUGGACGUGGCCAUAGAGAAGUUACAUCAGCUGGAAGAGGUCUGCGAGAACCUCCGUGAUAAAGUCCACACGACAGAGCAAUCUGAGAUGUUACUGAAGACCAAGCUGAAGCAUGCCGAAGACACUGUCGGCGAGUUAGAGUGCAGCGAGAACUUACUGAAGGAGCAGUUGGCUAAGAUCAGCCAACGAGAGGCUGAGUGGAAGACCAAGGCUCAGGGUUUGUUGCGAAAUGUCAACGAGCUGGAACAACUGCUGAAAGAGAAGGAUGUCAUCGAAGAAAAAUUACACGAUAAGAUCAAAGCACUUGAAGAAGCUGAGAUGAGAAACUCUCGGAAGCUUGUAGAAUUACAAGAGGAUGAGAACCACUUGCGAGAAAGCCUGCGCAAUAAGGAUGACCUCUCUGACCAAAGUGAGUUGCUGAAAACCCUGAAGAAGAAAAUCAAGGACCUAGAAAAAAGUAACAAAUUGCUAAAGAGUAGGGUUGUGGAACUUGAAGAUAGUGAGUGCGAAACGAGAGAACACUGGAACCAAAUUGUUGAAGCUGAUGCCAACAAAAUUGAGGGUCUGCAAGAGAAAGUGAAUAUGUUGGAAUCGUUAAAUAGGGAACUGGAGAAGAAACUUCAGGAAGGAGAAGAAGAAUUUAUGACUGGGGUUUCCUUGGCAUCAGAACUGUCAUUCAGCCAAAACCCUCCAGAUUCCAAAGAAUCUACAGUGAGCCUUGAUUUGGAAACAGAAUAUAAGAACCUGGAGGAAAAGUUUCAAGAGGUUACAGAAGCUAAAAAUAGCAAGAUUGCCGAACUGGAAGACCAUUUGGAGAAGCUGUACAGUACUGAGCAGAAACUGAGUGAGACUGUUGCAGAAAUGGAAGAGAGAGAGCGGGAACUGCUUGCAAAAUUGAAACUCUGUGAAAACUCUGAUUUCUCUGUAGAAAAAAUGCUUAAAUAUGAAGAGCGUAUCAAAGAGCUCAGUUAUUCACAGGAGAAUUUGUUGAAUGCCAUAGAUACAGUAGCUGACCCUGAGAGUCAUUCACUGCAGAUAAUCAAUGCUCUGAAAGAUGAAUUGGUUUUGAGUUACCAGAAAAAUGAAGAGAUGAGUUUGAGAGAGAAAAAGUUGACUGAACAGUUGAGGAAUGAGAACAACUCUUUGAAAGACCAAGUUGAUAAGUUGUUAGAAAAAGAAUCCGGUCAUUUAGGCCAAAUUCUAUCCACAGAAAAGGGAAAGGAUACUUUGCACAAUGAACAUUCUUUGGUUUCUCAAAACAAUAAGCAAGAAGUUCCGACAUCCUCACUGUUUGUGAGAAUUCAAGAACUUGAAACCGAAAAUCAAGAACUCAGAAUCAAAGUUGACGGUUCUCAGAAUGGAACCCUUUCUAAAGUCUCUUCAACAGUCUCUUCAAAUUACGAACGAUUGUGUGAACUCGAGAAGGAGAACUCUGACCUUCUUGCCGAAGCAAGUCGGUUGCGAGAAGCUGAAUCUCAGUGGAAAGAAACGGCAGAGAAGAUGGUACAGCUGGAGAGCAAUGAAGAACGACUCAUGGAGAAGGUAGUGGAACUUGAAGACAGUUGUGAAAGUCUAAAAGAGGAACUUCAGAAGGUACAUGGUGAUAAGAAAGAAAGCCAAAGUGAAUUGAAAGAGGAGCGAGAAAAAGUUGGAAGUUUACUGAAACUAGAAGCAGAAAUAAAGGGCAGACUCCAGGCUGAAGAAGAACUUAAUGGUUCUCUUCGAGAACAACUACAAUCUUUCAGGUUGCGUUUGGAAGCAAUUAAGGAUGCAUAUGCAGACCAUGAACAUUCAAAGAUGGAGUUGGAAAAGAAAUUGGAGGAAGUUACUCGUGAUAAAAAUUUGCUUGCUGAAAAACUCCAAUCUCUCACCCAAAAUCAGACCAUUCCAGUGGAUUCUACAGAUCCCAACCAAAAUUCAGCAGACCAUGACAUUCUGGAACAUUCCUCUCUAUCAUCAUCUGAUAGUAAUCAUUCCUCAGCAAAUACAAACAGCUUACCUUUCCAUAGUACAGAAAACAAAUACCUUGGCCUCAUCAAUUCCCUUGAAGCCAGCCUCAAAGACAUUGGCAGUAAUCAGGCUUCCAGUGAGUUCCAAGAUAAUAAACAAGGUCCAAUCGCAGAACAAGCAUCCAAGAGUACAGAAGAGCUCAGUAAAGAAUUAGAAUCUGAACUUGUGGAUAUGAAUCGAGAGCAACUCAUAGAUUUUUGUGGCACUUUAAAGACAGACCUGAGAACAAAAUCACAGAAAAUUGAACAAUUUGAGCGAGAUUUCUCUGACUUUGUAAACAGAGUACAAUGUGGAACAGUAGUAUUCCGAGACAAAGAAGUACGAAAGACUGUUCUCACAGAAGUCAAGACAUUCCAACAGCAAUGCAACUGUAAGGUUCCCAUUAAUACGCAUACUACCCUCGCCGGUGAGAAAGUCUCUCAAGGGGUCGAUACAGCUGAUCUCUUGAUCGACAACGUCACUGAACAACAGCAACAACAGCAACAGCAGCAAAAAGAUGCUAAUGACAGCACGAUGGCACCUGUAGAGAUGCCUCACUCUGAGUACGAAGUAUGGAAGGCAAAGGUGGCUAUACUCACGGACAUUGAGGCGAACUUGCCCAAUGUUAAGGAAUUCCCACACCAGCUUGAACUCCUGCUACAGAUCCUUCAGAAAGGAAGGGAUAUUAUAUGCAGUGAUGAGAAUCAAGCUGGAAUUUCGAAUGAUCAACUUCUGAUUUAUGCCAAGCAACUUCAGACUUUAUCACAAGGUUUGAACUCGACCACUCCCCCAGACGGAACUGGUACUGAUGCUGGCAAAGAAGUUUCUCAGGUGAAAACGGAGCAAUUAGGUGCAGGCAAGGAGGCGAAGGGGUUGUGUUCAAAAACUCCCUGUCUAUUCAGCAUAGCAUCUAAAUCUGAUCGAAAGAAAGUAAUUAAAGAGCUAAUUAACAAUCUCUCGUCGGAAGACUUGGUGGUGGUGGCCCAGAUCCUUAAACAACGAUUGGAUAAAGGAAAGGUGAAGAAGAGGGCACCGAAAGACCAAUUGAAUCCUUCAAUGAGCAAUGAACAAAAGGAAUUUGAAGAAAUCGAAGUCGAAAUGUGGCUGUCUUCUGAAGAUGAAGACGGAGACAAAGAGCCAAGUAGUGAGGUGGAACAGGUGGAACAGGUGCAGGCCGGCACCGAUUCCGUUUCAAAUACUGCUGCUGCUGCACUGCCGUGCACGGCACCAAAUACGGCAACAGCAGCAGAUGAAACCAAAACAAGCACAGAUGAUGAUGAAUGGAAGCCACCUUUGCCGAAAACCCCUCCUCCUGACCAGCCACCGACGCUCCUUGAUGAACCUGAGGUAAUUUUCGUUGACAAUGAUGACGUCACUGACAAACAUUUAAUUGAAGCUGAGUCAACUCUACCCUCGGCAGCGGCGGCAACCGUUAGCCAACAACAACAGCAACACAUGCCACAAACAGCCAACACAAAUGACCAAUCAAAACAACAGGUAAAUCUAUUGACCAAGGCGCUGAAUGACAAGAACAAAUAUAUAACAAUGCUGGAAGCUUCUAUUGAAAGACUUGGCCAAAUGUUGGCCCAACCACAGGGUUCCAACCCCGAUGCUGGUGUAAGAGAGGAAGCCAUUAAGAAGCUGGAGAGUCAGUUGAAGAGUCUUCAGCAAGAAUUGAGGCAACACCAUGUGGAAGGUCAACAAAGUCUGACCAGCUUGCGGACACAGCUUCAGAGUAAUACAGACAUCACAAACUCACAGAAGAGGCAGAGUUUCCCGCAAUGCCAUCCACAAAAGCCAACACCCCUGGCACACUCCUACAGUACAACAGAUCUCUCCCGGAUCAGCUUCUCAGCAUCUGACAUGGAGAACUUGUUGAAAAUGCCUCACCCAGUCCGUGCCUGGCCAAGCUGUAGCCACCUCGCUCCGCAGACGUUCUCACGCACCGUCCGCAGGCGAAGUGAUACAUUCGAUCCAAAACUUCUUCCUGCAGGACAACAACAGCAGCAACAAAAACAACAUCAGCUGUUACUGCAGAGUAACCAUGGUAACAUUCCUGUUUCAACCUUACCUGGUUGGUCACCUGAUAAAACUUCUCUACAUCAUCUUCAACAACAGCAACCAAAAUCACAGAUGCUGGCCUCAAAUUCUCUAUUUGUGGCAGCUUCAGAUUACAGUCCAGAGUUGUUUUCAGCUAGUGGCCACCUCCACCUUGAGAUCCCACUCAAGGAAGGUGAUGUCAUUAUUAAAAAAGGACCUGUUGGUGCUAACGGUUAUUGUGAAGCUUUAGUGAAAGGUAAAGUUGGCUUGGUACCAUAUAAAUACCUACACCCAGUCAAACUUGAAACAAUGACAGCAGAGGAACAGAGAGCUCUACAUUUACAGUUCCGUGGUGACACAACAGAAACAAAUGCAGAACACAUAAGACCACCCUCAGAAGUGGCAUCUUAUUUUCAAAAAGCCCAUCUAACAUCCAUUCCAAACCUGACUGGUAACCAAUAUCUCCCGCCCGAAAACGGCAGAUGGAACAACGGUGUCAGUAGUACUCCGCCACAUACUGCUGUUUCCGCUGCUACCACCACAUCCCCAACUUCACAGUUUGUGAAGAGACACAGUGGCGGUGGUGGCGGCGGCGGUGGACAUAUCUCGCACACU